GGCACAACAUACUCCGCCCGGACACGCACACGAGGACGCUGAUAUCAAUCUGUGAUGCCUACAGUCCAACAUCAUGAGCAAUUUUACUUUACCUUGGUCACCUUUCUGGUCGAGGACUGCUUGUUCAGAGUGCCCCGCAACACGCUAGAGUCGCAGUCAGACGUCUUUCGCGAUUUGUUUCUACUGCCUGUUAAAGCCGAUGAAGCUGAGGGACGCUCAGAUACAAACCCCAUUGUUCUCGAGGGCAUUCAACAAGAAGAAUUCCAGUCUCUGAUGAAAGUUUUAUAUCCACUGCCGUUCACCCGCUUAUCAUCUCCAGACGGACUUCCAGCGACCCUUGAGGAGUGGACGGGUGUACUGAAGCUAUCCAAAAUGUGGGGUUUCACCCGCAUACAAGAAUUCGCCAUUCAACAGAUGGAGCCAAUACUUGCCACGAGACCCCUAGACAAAGUUGCUCUUGCUCAGGAUUAUGGGGUUACAAGAUGGCUCAUACCGGGUCUGCUACAACUGGCAAGGAGAGCAGAGCCCGUUGGACAGGAUGAUGUACGGAAACUUGGACUUGAUACUGCGUUAAAAUUGGCCGAGGUUCGGGAGAGCAUACAGACCACCAUGCCAACCUGGGCUGGACGAUAUUACAUUAAUACCACUGAACGUUCAGUUGACGCGCCCAUCAUAACCGCAACUGCUCCUCGAGGUGCUACUUCAUGCGAUUUUACCAAUCGAAUCCGUCAAGUAUUUAAUCUGCAAGCGUGAUUUCAUACUCCAUUCCCAUGCUUUCUAUAUGAUAGUGUUGCUUUAGGUAACAUAUGAUAGCCUGAUGUUAUCAUGUAGUAGUACAAUUACUCGCGAAUAUGGUGAAUGCUAUAUUGUCGUAAUCGUAGCACAGUACGACACGGGGCCUAGUCUAGGAGGAAGUGGUUCGAAUUGCCCCAAGAGUCUAGUGCGUGAGUAAGAGCGAUUCAUCGUGAGUUGAUUAGAACAUUAAUAUCCCAUGCACGGACUCCACAGAGCUCUACAGCCAAUUAGACGUGG